AUGGUUUGGCCAGCGGUGGUGGCAACGUUUAUCCUAGCAGGUGGUCUCGUUUAUUUAUUUUUCCUUGCAGCGAAUGGCUGGAAACCACACAAAAGAAAACUGUUGUACCAAUGCGUUUGGAUUACAACUUCAAUUUUUCUUAAGCAGAAUACCAGCGCCAAUUUGAAAUUUGACAGAGUUCGUUUUUUGGUGAUCAUUCUCUAUUUGAUAUCUACGUAUGUAAUUGGCGACAUGUAUUCAGCCAACUUGACUUCAAUGCUCGCUAAACCUGCAAAAGGUAAUCGAACCAUUGUGUCGAUGGUUUAG